AUGCACUGGCAGUGGAAGAACUGCCCAACCGCGUGGCGAGGCCAGUUCACUACCGGCUACAAAGCCGGAUCGAACAACGACCUAAAUGUUCUUAAUUCCUCGCCCCUUUUCAACGAGCGGGUCAACGGGUUAGGCCCCUCCAUCGAAUUCACGGCCAAUGGCAAUGUGCAUAACAUAGGGUACUACCUGGCUGACGGCAUCUAUCCGCAAUGGCCCGUGUUUUUGAAGACGAUUAGAUGCCCAAUCGGAGAUAGUAGAAAGUAUUUUGCCCGAGCGCAAGAGUCUGCGCGCAAGGAUGUGGAGAGGGCGUUUGGGGUGCUCCAAUCACGAUUUGCACUGGUAAAGGGCCCGACGCGCUUUUUCUACCAGGGGGAUAUUGCCGACAUCAUGUAUGCGUGCAUCAUCAUGCAUAACAUGAUCAUCGAUGAUGAACACGAAGGCGUCCUCAACGUCACCAACGACACCAGUGUUGCAUCAUCGAGUUACGGUGUCUCAACCCAGUCCGAGUCCGCCCGCCGGGGUGUACCGUACAACGAACAUGAACGGUUCAAGGCGUUCAUGGACAUACACCAAAAGGAGGCCCAUCGAGCACUACAACACGAUAUGAUCGAAGAAUUGUGGGCAAAUAGAAACCGCGCCCACCGCCCUUGA